AAUAGCCAACGUUAAAUACUGCACCAUCAUCACCCUCUUCACAAACCCACUUUGGUCGCUGCAUUUUUUGUACAAGCUCCACGGUUCAUCUUGUUGGCUUCUAAUCCACUAGUUAAUUGAUCAUUUAAAUGGCACAAGAAGUUGUAAAUUCAGAUGAGGUUGUUCUUGGAGAAGAAAUAGACCAUGUGAGGUUGAUCACCUUGAACAGGCCUCGUCAUUUGAAUGUCAUCUCAUCAAAAGUGGUUUCUUUGCUAGCAGAAUACUUGGAAAAGUGGGAAAAAGAUGAUAAAGCUGAGCUUGUAAUUAUCAAGGGAUCGGGUCGAGCUUUUUCAGCCGGUGGGGACUUGAAGAUGUUCUAUGAUGGCAAGAACUCAAAGGAUUCCUGCCUUGAAGUGGCUUACAGAAUGUAUUGGCUUGGCUUUCACAUUCAUACUUAUAAGAAAACCCAGGUGGCUCUGGUCCAUGGAAUUUCAAUGGGUGGAGGCGCAUCUUUAAUGGUCCCAAUGAAGUUCUCGGUAGUCACAGAAAAAACUGUAUUUGCCACUCCGGAAGCUAGUAUUGGCUUUCAUACUGAUUGUGGUUUCUCAUAUAUACUAUCCCAUCUUCCUGGGCAUCUCGGUAAGCAUGCAAAUAUACUAAGAGCCAUAAUAUCUGAGGAUGUAUAUGAGGUAAUUGUUGUAUACCAUUUUGUCCCUCUUGAGAAAUUGUCGGAUCUAGAGAAGCGUUUGAUAAGCUUAAACUCUGGAGAUGAGAAUGCAGUCAAAGCUGCGAUUGAAGAAUUUGCGGUGGAAGUCCAGCCUGAUGAAGAAAGUGUUUUAAACAAGCAGUCAAUAAUUGAUGAGUGCUUCUCGAAAGAUACAGUGGCUGAGAUUAUAAAAUCAUUUGAAGCAGAGGCAACCAAAGAAGGAAAUGGAUGGAUAGGUCCAGUUCUUAAGGGCUUAAAAAGAUCAUCCCCUACAGGAUUGAGAAUAACACUGAGAUCGAUUCGCAAAGGCAGGAAGCAAACAUUGCCUGAAAGUCUGAAGAAGGAAUUUAGACUCACAAUCAAUAUACUAAGAGCCAUAAUAUCUGAGGAUGUAUAUGAGGGUAUUAGAGCUCUCACUAUUGACAAGGAUAAUGCCCCUGAGUGGAACCCACCAUCUCUUGACAAUGUGGGUGAUGAGAAGAUAGACCAAGUGUUUCAGCUGUUUGAAGAAGAUUUGGAGCUCCAGAUUCCUGAAAAGGAAAAACACAGGUGGGAUGGCAAAUAUGAGAAUUCACCUUAUGCAUCUUUGAAGGUGACUGACUAAACAAGAUGCAUUUCUGAUCAGCUGUGAGCUUGUUCCUUGAAGUAAUGUAUUGUUCUCCUAUGUUGUAUCUCCCCAAGCCGAUUUUCAUUAGUUAUUCGGUUCGAUGAAUAAGCUUGUAACUUAAAUCAGAGUUUCGGUUCUCAUUGUAUGCAAUUAUUUGCUUCAAGUUCUGCCUUUUUUUAAGAUCAUGUUCAUGUGUCAAGGUGAAAACAUAAUGGUGUAAUAAA